AUGACGCGACCUCAGAUUCUGUUUUUUGAUGCGUACGACUCCUUUACGAACAAUAUCGUAUCCCUUCUCACAACGUUGCUUGACGCCGAUGUACACGUUUUACCGAUUGAUACGCCCUUGCUAGACCAAAAGUCGCCGACUUUCUCGGUCGAUUUUCAUCGGGAAUUAUCACGGUAUCAUGCAGUGGUCUGCGGACCUGGGCCUGGCUCCCCCGAGAAUGAAACGGAUGUUGGGCUCAUGAGAUGUAUUUGGAGAUUGCAAGAUGAGCAUAUGCUGCCGGUUCUUGGCAUUUGCCUUGGGUUCCAGAGCCUCGUCCUCAGCUCGGGCGGUAAAGUAAGGAGGCUUCAACGCGGGUUGCACGGGAUGGUUCGCACUAUUCAGCAUGAGAAACCUGAAGCGACGUGUGCCGAGGACAUCUUUGAUGGCGUCUCCGAGUUCAAGGCAACCCUCUAUCACAGCCUCUGUGCCGACAUCGGACAAGAUUCCAUCCCAGAUUCCACUUGGGCAGAGUGCCGUUGGCAUACCCAGAAGACAGCUCUUGAGCUGUUGCCUCUGGCGUGGGUGGAUGAAGAAAGGGAUAGCGGCCGCGAGAGAAUCCUCAUGGCGGUCAAGCACCAGAGCAAACCCUUUUGGGGCCUUCAAUACCACCCAGAGUCUGUAUGUACCCAGCCGGCAGGUCAUGCGGUCAUCAGCAACUGGCUUCGCGAAGCCAUGGCGUGGAAUUCGAAGGCGAAUAGGACUGUCUUGACCGGAGAGCGAUUCCUGGCAAGGAACGCAGUGAAGCCGAGUCUCCUCUGUGAGAACCGUGCCGCGGCCCAGCGAGGGAACGCCCCGAUCCUCGAGUGGACGGAGAUGCCUACGCCCCUGGCGACUGUCGGACUCGACUGCGAGUACCGAUACAAGACCAUCAGCCUUCCGGCGAACAUCAAGGUGCCGGAUAUCGUGGAGAUACUAAAGAGUGGCAGGACGGAGCACAUCAUUUUGGAUUCGUCCAACUCGAGCAACAUGGCGACGGGAGCUGCGGACGUUCGGGGCCGAUUUAGCGUCAUUGCUCUGGAUGUGGAGGAGUCACUGCGAAUCGAGCAUCAUGUGGGAGACGAUUUCGCCACGGCCCGGAUCCCAUCGAUUCAGGGGCUGCCCGUCGACCUGGUGGAGACUGUCCCCUUCGGGUCGCAAAGGAACAUUUGGCAUCUCCUCUCCGGUUUCCUUGAGAAGCGACGCAUCCCGGCCUCGGGGGAGCUCCAGACACCGUUCCGAGGAGGCUUCAUGGGCUACCUUACGUACGAGAUGGGACUAAAGGGGAUCGACGUGGAGGUGGCUGCUGAAAGAGGGCAUCAGAGGCCUGACCUGUGCUUCGCUUGGGUCACUAAGAGUAUUGUGGUCGAUCACGUCAAGGGCUUGUUGCAUGUCCAGCACCUUCAGAAGCGCAAACUCAAUGCCGACUUUUGGAUCGACUCCGUGGUGGCAUCGUUGCAGACGUCCCACUUUUGGCAGUCACCGGGCAAGACCACCGUCAACGGUUCGGAUGCUUCGACGGUAGCUACGAGGCCCGUUAUUCGGGUCCCCGCCGCCGACGAGUACGAAGGCAAGGUCUCGCGCUGUCAAGACUUCAUCGCCGCCGGCGAGUCCUACGAGCUGUGCCUGACGGACCAGACGACAAUCACAUUACCCGGACGCUCGACAAAUGAACACCAAAACGGCCUCGCCAACGGACACCUGUCUUCAGAACAGGUGCAAAACAAAUCCGCACACGUUGCGCCCUGGAGGCUCUACAAGACGCUCAGAGCCCGCCAGCCCGCACCCUUUGGCUCCUUCAUCCGCCUCGGCGGCGCGACCCUGAUCAGCAGCUCCCCAGAGCGCUUCCUCGAGUACGACGCCGACGGCUUCUGCUCCAUGCGGCCGAUGAAGGGCACCGUCCGCAAGUCGAAUCAGGUCGCCACGCUCGCGCAGGCCGAGGCGAUCCUGCACGUGCCCAAAGAGGAGGCGGAGAACCUCAUGAUUGUGGACCUCGUCCGCCACGACCUGCACGGCGUCUGCGGCUCUGGCAACGUCACGGUGCCGCACCUGAUGAAGGUGGAGGAGUACGCGACCGUGUUCCAGAUGAUUACGAUUGUCAACGGACAGCUACCGAAGCCCAAGACGACGACGACGACGGGUGCCGAUCGUCAGCACACGGGGCUCGAUGUCCUCGCUGCUAGUCUCCCGCCGGGCAGCAUGACGGGAGCCCCGAAGAAGCGGAGCUGCGAGCUGCUGCAGGAGAUCGAGGAGCACAGGGAGAGGAGUCUGUAUUCUGGCGUGGUGGGGUACAUGGACGCCACUGGAAAGGGGGAUUGGAGCGUCACGAUCCGAACUAUGUUCAAGUGGGAUGAUGAAGCUGCGCCGCCGGAGGAAGGCGAGACGGAGCCGAGAGAGGUCUGGCAUAUCGGGGCCGGCGGUGCCGUGACUAUCCUGAGCACUGCCGAGGGUGAGAGGGAGGAGAUGUUUACCAAGUUGGCGGGGCCUUUGGGCGUCUUUGCGGAAGCAUGA